CGGCCACGUUGUGUGGUGUCGCUGUGCUAUUGUGUUGAUUAGGUAAUGAUACAUGGUUGUGCUGGCUGUCGUCCUCGUUGUCAAGCCAGAUGUGACCAACCGAGUUUCCAACCCACUUUACAACCCUGGCAGUACGAUCUUAUCCAACAUUUUAUCAUCAUUGCCUCGGACAGCUGGAAGUACUGGGAGUUGCUUCAUUGCACUGCUGAUCAUCAUGACCUGUCAUGUCAACCAAGCUGAGUCAUCCAACUUAUAUUGUUUUAAAUACAGGGGUUAGAAAUCUUCACUAACCCAAUGUCUAAAGCUCAGUACCGCCCCCUUGGAAAGUCUGGUCUCUUUGUCUCUGUGCCAAUCCUUGGUGCGAUGAGCUUUGGCUCUCCGAAAUGGGCUCCAUGGGUACUUGACGAGGAGCCCUCUAUCGAAAUAAUGAAGGCUGCUUGGGACCUUGGUAUCAACACCAUCGACACCGCCAACAUAUACUCAAAUGGCCAGUCAGAGCGCCUCGUCGCCAAGUUCAUCAAAAAGUACAGCAUCCCUCGCGCUCAGAUCAUAAUCGCCACGAAGUGCUAUGGCCUUGUCGCAAAUGAUCCUUCCGUCCCAUCGUUCUUCAUGCCAGAUCUUAAGAAGCUGCCCGAGUACGUCAACCAAUCUGGCCUGUCUCGCGCUGCAAUUUUCAACGCUGUCGACGCGUCCCUCGCUCGUCUCGAAACCUCAUACAUUGAUCUCUUGCAAAUCCAUCGCUUCGACCCUUCAGUCACCCCUGAGGAGACCAUGAAAGCACUUCACGACCUCGUGCAGAGCGGCAAAGUCCGUUAUCUCGGUGCCAGUUCUAUGUGCUGCUGGCAGUUUGCCAUGUUGAAUGACGUGGCCGCUCGCAAUGGUUGGACGACCUUUGUCAGCAUGCAGGAUGAGUACUCGUUACUCUAUCGCGAGGAGGAACGCGAGAUGCUCGCUUAUUGCAAAUAUAACGGUAUCGGUGUCAUCCCCUGGGCUCCUCUAUCUUCUGGUCUUCUCGCACGUCCCGUUGGCACAGAGACAGCGCGUCUCAGUUCUACUAAGGGAACUGUUUUUGAGAUAAAGGCGACCCGUACGGAUGCGGCUAUUAUCAACCGCGUCGAAGAGCUUUCCAAGAAGAAAAACUGCAAGAUGAGCCAGAUUGCGCUGGCCUGGGUUGCAUCAAAGGUGUCGAGCCCUAUCGUCGGUAUCAGCUCUAUACAGAGGUUGCAGGAGAGUAUCAUCGAGGGAAUUGAGCUUACCCCGGAGGAGAUAAAGUACCUGGAGGAGCCGUAUGAGCCCAAGGCCAUUCGUGGGCACCUUUAGGUGAUUCCAGUCAACUUACAGCGCUAAAGAAGAGAUAUCAGUCAAAAUCUGUAGCGCUUUGUAUCACAAAUUAACGCACUGAGUGAAGAAUGAUUAUUGAUUUCGAAAUCCUACAAGCGUUAGUCUUAAAUAAAAAACUUGAUUUCAGGUAUUACACUUGCGCAACACUUGACGCAUUUGGUACGAAACCACGGUAGGUGGUACACUGAUAACUUAUAAGUACACUGAUUGUAAGUAGUCGGGAUCGAUGUAGACAACCGAUCCCUCGGGUAUGUUCGGAAACUCAAC